AAAAAAAAUUUCUGAAUUCAAUUGUCAAUCCGUCAAAAAUAUUGCAUUUGCAUUUGCAUUCGAUUUUAUAAACUAUUGAAAAUUUGGAGAGAUUUCAAUAGUUUAUGGCUUAUAUUAUUAUUACAAGAUCUUGUUAAAGGACGAUAAAACUCGGAAUAAGUAGAAGCCACAAGAGUAGAAAAUAAACAAAAUACGAGUAAUUUUCUUGAAAUCCUUCUCAAAUUUGUGGUAAUACCAAAUGGCAAUGUCAAAAGUUAUACGGGUCCUUGAAAAGUCUAUCCCGCCAUCACCAUACAGCGUUCUCCUCGAGCAUCGAAAUAAAAGUGAUAGCAUUCUUUUUGAAUCGCAUGCAGUUGCUUUGCUUACAAAUCAAGAAACGGAUGUAAUUCGUAAGCAAUACACAAAGUUAUGUGAUGCAUAUGGUUGUCUUGGGGUGUUGCAACUGAAUGCUGGAGAGAGUACAGUACUAUUUCUAGUGCUUGUUACGGGCUGCAUUUCUAUGGGAAAAAUCUGCGAUGUAGAAGUUUUCCGAAUUACACAGACACAGUUUGUGGCUUUGCAAAAUGCUGCGCCUAAUGAAGACAAAAUCUCUGAAUGUCGAAAACUGCUGAAUUCGGGCACUUUUUACUUCGCUCACUCGAACAUUUCGAUGUCCAGUAGUCUGCAGAAGUUCGAUAUAACAUUAUGUGCCCAACGUCGCCAACAAAUAUCCGAGACUGAUAAUCGAUUCUUUUGGAAUCGGAUGAUGCACAUACAUAUGCUCCGAUUUGGUGUGGACUGCCAGUCGUGGUUGUUGAAGGCAAUGUGUGGCUCCGUCGAAGUUCGCACUGUUUACAUUGGAGCUAAACAAGCUCGGGCCGCGAUCAUAUCUAGAUUAAGUUGUGAGCGCGCCGGGACUCGCUUCAAUGUGCGGGGCACUAAUGAUGAAGGACACGUUGCUAACUUUGUUGAGACGGAACAAGUAAUUUAUGUGGAUAGUGAUGUGACCAGCUACAUCCAAACUCGUGGCUCUGUUCCAUUAUUUUGGGAGCAACCGGGUGUGCAAGUGGGUUCGCACAAGGUGAAAUUAUCGCGAGGUUUUGAGGCUGCAGCCGCAGCUUUUGACCGGCACAUGACGAUGAUGAAACAACGUUACGGCUACCAGACGAUUAUUAACCUUUUGGGUACUUCAAUGAUUGGAAGUAAGGAGGGAGAGGCGAUGUUAAGCAAUGAAUUCCAAAGGCAUCACAGUAUGUCAACUCAUAAAGAUGUGCCACAUAUUAUAUUUGAUUAUCAUCAAGAAUGUCGAGGUGGAAAUUUCGGAGCUCUUUCGAAACUUAAGGAGCGCUUGGGAGUAUGCGGAGUAAACUACGGUUUCUUCGAUGCCUCUCAGGGACAAGUGUUGCGCGAGCAAUUUGGUGUUAUUCGUACGAAUUGUCUCGAUUGCUUGGAUCGUACAAAUUGUGUGCAAACUUAUUUAGGUUUGGAUAUGCUCAAUCAACAAAUUGAAGCCUUGAAGUUGGGAGAGAAAAAGCAAAAUUUUUCUAGAUUCGAAGAAAUAUUUCGUCAAAUGUGGAUAAACAAUGGUAACGAAGUGAGCAAAAUCUAUGCAGGUACUGGAGCUAUACAAGGUGGAUCUAAACUAAUGGACGGUGCUCGUUCCGCAGCUCGCACCAUACAAAAUAAUUUGCUAGAUAAUUCGAAACAGGAAGCAAUUGAUAUUUUAUUGGUUGGAUCAACACUAUCAUCAGAGUUGGCUGACCGAGCUAGGAUAUUAUUACCAUCAAAUAUGUUGCAUGCACCAACAACGGUUUUAAGAGAAAUGUGUAAACGUUAUGCUGAGUAUGUUGUGGCCCGAACCUGUCGAGUUGCUGUUGCAACGUAUAACGUUAACGGGGGCAAACAUUUCCGGAGUAUUGUUUUUAAAGACUCUUUGUCUGAUUGGCUACUCGAUUGCCAUUCAUUGGCACGAGCUAAAGCUCUGGUCAACGUGAAUAACCCUUCGGAAAAUGCCUGUGCACCAGUCGAUAUAUAUGCGAUUGGUUUUCAAGAGAUCGUGGAUUUGAAUGCCUCCAACAUUGUUGCCGCUAGUACAGAUAAUGCCAAAUUGUGGGCAGAGGAAUUGCAAAAGACAAUUUCACGGGACAAUGAUUACGUACUUCUCACUUAUCAACAAUUAGUCGGUGUAUGUUUAUAUAUAUAUGUUCGACCGGAGCACGCACCAUUCAUUCGUGAUGUGGCAAUUGAUUGUGUGAAAACGGGACUAGGCGGUACUACCGGCAAUAAGGGAGCGUGCGCUAUACGAUUCGUUUUAUACGGAACUUCAAUGUGCUUUGUUUGUGCACACUUUGCUGCCGGCCAGUCACAGGUGGCUGAACGUAAUGCUGAUUAUGCCGAAAUUACACGUAAAUUGGCAUUUCCAAUGGGCCGCACUCUCAAAUCACAUGACUGGGUAUUUUGGUGUGGAGAUUUUAAUUACCGCAUUGAUAUGGAGAAGGAUGAUUUGAAAGAAGCUAUACAAAAUGGGGAUCGGCAAUCUAUUCUAGUUAAUGAUCAGUUGCAUAAAGAGCAAGAGGCGGGCAACGUAUUUGGCGAUUUUCUCGAAGGCGAAAUAAAUUUCGAUCCAACGUACAAAUAUGAUGUAUUUAGUGAUGAAUAUGAUACAUCGGAAAAACAACGUGCACCUGCUUGGACUGAUCGUGUAUUGUGGCGUCGACGCAAGGCUUUAGCCGCCGAGACAGAUGUCACUAGUGUUGAAUGGAAUCCGGGUAAACUUAUCCAUUAUGGUCGAUCGGAAUUGAAGCAGAGUGAUCAUCGUCCAGUGAUUGCUAUUAUUGAUGCAGAAAUUGUUGAAAUCGAUUCACAACAACGACGAGAGGUGUUUGAGCAGGUCAUAAAAGACUUGGGACCACCUGAUUCUACAAUUGUAGUACAUGUGAAAGAGAAUGCUAUUGAUGAUAAUGGGCCUACCAUCUAUGAUGAAACGGUAAUGUCUACACUAAUUCAAGAAUUGUCGAAGAUGGGCGAGGUUACUUUGGUACGUUAUGUGGAAGACACAAUGUGGGUAAUAUUUCGGGAUGGUGAAUCUGCUUUGCACGCUAGUAAGAAACAGUCUAUAUAUAUUUGUGGAUUGGAAUUAGAGUUCGAAUUGAAGACGGCGAAUUGGCAACCAUUAGUUGAUAAUGAAAUUGAACUUUGCACUACAAAUACAAUCCCAUUAUGUUCUAAUCCUCAAGAACAAGCAAAGAUAUUUAGUAGCUCACCUGAUGUGCCGCAGCGACCUAAACAACCUCCGGCGAGACCUGCUCCAGCUCGCCCGCCAAUGCCUAUGUCGCCCAAAAAUUCACCACGUCAUCAACCACACGUUGGUGUUAUAAGCGUCGUUCCGGAGAUGCUACAAUCGAAAUCGGCAAAACCUCCUAUGCCCCCGCAACCACUAAUACCACAGCCGUUGCUGCCAAUACCAGUAUCCCAGUCAACCCAGAAGAACCCAAACACGGCCGCAGGGAUUGGCAAUUUGGGAACCAAUAAUGAUGGAAAUGAAAGUAUUUCGUCUUCUAAGUCACAGUCACCUAUAGAAACACAGCAAACGUCGCCAUUGCACUCUACAUCUGCUGUUUCAUCAAUUGGUUUAGCUGAAGCGUCACUACCUCCCACACCACCACGUCAAAGCAAAAAUGUCACACCAAUAUCUACACCAACACGUCAAUCGCAACAAUCAUCCUUCGAUGUACAGGAAGGCACAUCAACAUUCUAUGAUGGAAGCGUCUUUAACAUUUAUGAAGAAAUACAGGACGAAAUACCAGCACCUAGACAUCCACCACCACCAUUUCCUCCUGCAGUAAGCCAAGAAAUUUCAUCGAAUGCUCCAAUUGGUGAAAGUCCACGUAGGCAAGUACAGCAGACUCCGAUAGGUCCACCACCGCCACUACCGGCGCGACGAGGACCGCCACCUAUCCCAAAUCGCAGCGGAAAUGCACCACCACUACCUACACGACCAAGCAAUAACAAUUAAAUUAUACAUGCUAGUAAAAAUGUCCUUGGUCCAUGGGGCUCAACCUUUCCAAUGAGGAGAUCAGAACAGCAGAAAGUAAGUAUGUAAGUAAACAAAACCUUUCUUAAAGAAAUCAUUAUUGUUAAUGUUUGCAAUACAAAAUGUUUUAUAAAAUAAAAUAAUUUUUUUUCUCAGCAUUUUUUGGAAAAUUUGGCUUAAGUUUUAGAUAUGCGUACAUAACUAUGUAUAAACAUUUCACAAUAAUAUUGUAAUUUGUUUGCCUUGGUGAAAAUGAUAAACAAAUAUGUAAUUUUGGUUAGAUAGGCAUCGGACCAUGGACGUUCUCUACCCUUAUGUAUCAUAUUCGUAAUCAACAUUGUUAUUAUUAUUUUCAGUCUGUGAGAAAGAGUAACGAUUGUAUCCAAAUGGUGGAACCAAAUUACGAUACUUUGGUUUCGUUAGCGACAUAUUAGAAAAUCGUAUUGUAACCGUUUCAUUUCAGUGAUUUUCUAUGCAGCUAUGCAAGAGUAUCCUUAACAUUCGACAGAAAAUGUGCACAUGAUGUGACAUAAUCUACUCAACCAUAAAGUAAACAACAAGAUAAAUAUAAGGUAUUGCUUAACUUGUAAGAUAAUCGUGUGCUUCAGUAACCCAACUAAUUUUAAUUUUAGUAUCCGCAACCUUAUUAACAAACGCUAAAAAUUUCUUUUUUUGGUUUGAAAAUUGAAUGAUGUUUUUGUCUGUAUUACAAAAUUUUCAUUCUUUAUUAUUUUUAAAAUGGAAGUUGUUAGAACUAAAACUGGAAGCUCUAAGAGUAGAAAUCAGAUUAGAAAUAUAGUUGCAUCGUAAUUCCAAUACGAGUAGAAGUUUAGUCAAUAAAAGUUAAAUAAAUGCUCUAAUACAUAUAUUUAUAUGGUAAUUUAAAUUACCGUAAAACAAACACUGUUUAUAAUAAUCACUUAAGAGUUCCUCAUUUAAAUUUUCGUAGUUUAUUUUAAUUAAGACCAAUUAAUAAUUUAUUAUCAAACAAAAUUUCUUAUCAGUUAUUUCUAAUUAUAAUAAUUUGAAAUACAACUUUUAAAAAAUACCACGGAGUGGUUAUCACAAAAUAAUAUAAUUAAAGGACCUGUAAAGACCUGUAACCAGAAACCAAGCCAGUAAUCUCUUAAGUUGAAUUCUAGUCAAAAGGCUAAAAAAAAAUGUUGAAUAAACAAAUUUAAAUAAAAUAAUACAAUAUAAAAUAAAAUAAUACAAUAUAAAAUAAAAUAAAAGAAAAAAAAUAAAAUAAAAGAAAAAAAAUAAUUCCGUUGAGCUUUUAUUGUUAAAAGAUUAUUAUUAUUAUUAAAACUAUAUUAUACGAAUAAAUUUGAGAAAUACUACAAUGUGCGGGGGACGAGGCCAUUUUACACAUUGUUAAAACAUUUAAUAGAUAUGUAAGAAUGCAAGUCGGGAAAUUAUUGUUGUUGCUAGAAAAAUACAUUCCAAAUAAGUAUUUUUUAAACAAAGGCGGAAAGCAGUAAGAAAAAAUGAUAGAACUUACGAGCCAUUGUUAUUUUUGCAUAGUUGAAAUAUAAAAUUUUUGCUUACCGAUUGCAGAAAAUCUUUAUUUACACAACCUGCAUUUCACAAUUGCGUAUAUGUAUAUCUACCAUACCAGAUGUACAUAUGUGUGAAAGCCUAUGCACACAUGAAGAAAUGUACUAAUAUUAUAUAUAUUUAAUACAUACACAUACAUGUUACAUUUUGAAAAAUAU